GCAGAGAGAACACUGGUCAGACAGCUUGGCUCAGACUCUAGAAUCUUCAUUUGCUUGCUGUGUGAUUUGGGAACAUUAUGUGACCCCUUGGAGCUGCAGUUUCUUCACCUGUAAAAAGGGGUCUCAAGGGUACCUACCUCGUCAGUCUACUGUAAGAACUUCACGAGAUACGGCUGCAGUGCUGAGCACAGCACAUGGUACAUGCCUCCAUGUACUCGGAGAUCCAGAGGGAGCGGGCAGACAUCGGAGGCCUGAUGGCCCGGCCAGAAUACAGAGAGUGGAACCCAGAGCUCAUCAAGCCCAAAAAGUUGCUGAACCCCGUGAAGGCCUCCCGGAGCCACCAGGAGCUGCAUCGAGAGCUGCUCAUGAACCACAGAAGGGGCCUGGGCGUGGACAGCAAGCCGGAGCUGCAGCGUGUCCUGGAGCACCGCCGGCGGAACCAGCUCCUCAAGAAGAAGAAGGAGGAGCUGGAAGCCAAGCGGCUGCAGUGCCCCUUUGAGCAGGAGCUGCUGAGGCGGCAGCAGAGGCUGAACCAGCUGGAAGAACCACCAGAAAAGGAAGAGGACCAUGCCCCCGAAUUUAUUAAAGUCAGGGAAAACCUGCGGAGAAUCACCACUCUGACCAGUGAAGAGAGAGCGCUAUAGAGCUGCUGCUGGAGCUCCAGCGCCCCCUGCAGCCCACCCCCGGCCCCCACACCCUCCUGCAUCUGGCAGCCCUGGCCCCUGGUCUAUGGCACAUCUGUGGUGUUCACGCUCAUACCUGUAAAAAUGCAUCGCCCCAGAGGAUGGGGGCUCCUGAACUCCCAGGCUUUUCCACCUGAGCACUCAUCCCUCCUGCUCCAAGAAGUCACUCCUGAGAAAACUUUCCCCGGGCACCUCUCCCUGAAAGGGCUUCUGAGCCCUGCCAAGAUUUUUCUGGCAGAGUUGAGAAGGGACAGGUGCCUCUCCGGCUGCACAGGCCAUCCAUUCUGCCCAGGCCCCAUGGAGCCCUGCUUCUGUGGGCAGCCCGGCUCCCAGGUCUCAGAGAACUUCCCUGCCCGUGGUGUUCUCUGUGGGAUACUUACCUUGAAAGCCGCCUGAGGGGAGAACGGGUCUGUGCUCAGUGAGGAAGGGCAGGGCAGCCCACGGCCGCCCCGUGGCGCAUGCCAUGCCAGGUUAGAAGCGUACCAACGAAGACAGCUUCUUUGAGUUUGCUGGCCUUUCCCCCACCCCCUGCCCCCACCCCACCCGGGCCUUGUAACCACACCUAGCCGGGGCUGCAGCCUUUCCCCUCCCAGCAGUCUAGAACAGUGCUUCUCAAACUUUACUGUGCCUACAAAUUACUGGGCAUCUUGCUGAAAGAUGGCUUUUGAUCCAGUAGCUUUGGGGUGAGGGCUGAGAUUCUCAUUUCUAGCAAGCCCCUAGACGGCUGGUCUGAGGCCCACACUGUACACAGCAAGGCUGGAGCAUCCAGGGGUGGCAGACACUGGUAACAUCAUCCCUGAAGCCAUUUCUGCCCCAGAGCACCCAGGGACCUCUGCCCUGGAGAUUCCCACCCUCCUCCACAGCCCCAAAGGGCUCCUUAUUGUCCACCCACCCCAGGGACCUCGGGCCUGGGAAGACUUGCCUAGCAAACUGUGUUGGUUAUGUGACCAGGGAUGUAUAAAAUUGCCAAUCUGCAUGUCUUACUAUACUGAUGGAAUUCCAGCCAAAAAAAACCCCACAAAACUUUUUUUUUAAAGGCCUUUCCUAAAGCAUAUGAAGAGCAAAUACGCAUAUAUAGUGAUUUCCAAUAGGCUUCUGAAAAUAUCAAACGGUGUAAAGACCCCACAGCCCCCCUUACAAACUGGUCCCGUUGAGUCCUCCUUUCCAGCCUCUGCACCUGAGAGCCACUUGGUUUCCGUCGCCUGGGCCAGCUUCACCCAUUCGUCCUCAAAACUCCCUUUGCAACGCAAGACCAAAUGUUUUAACCUUUUGCUCCUAUCCCAUACUUAAAGACUUAGAGUAAACCAGGCCUGUUUCUUUUUCUCCUGAAGAAUAAAACCUCUGCCCCUGGCUUUGUAAACCCAUCAUUCACAGUAACAGGGCAGUGCUAGAAAAGCAUUUCCUUUCGCCUCCCACCACCCCCUCAAGACUGCCAGAAAGAGCUGCUGCUGGGACACUGUUUGAUAACUUGGACCAAAGCUGGGAGGAAAGGGAUCAUCCUGGUCUUACUCAUAACUGGGUGGCUGGAGAGUGACCUGUAUGUGGUGUGAGCCAUGGGGCAUGAAUAUGGACAGGCUGGUAUGCGAGUGGGGGGAGGGGAGGCGGCUCUGAAAUGUGACAGUCUUAGUGAGAAGGUGGUAACGCUGUUUUAAAUGUCUGCCAGGUGAGAGUAAUGCUAAAAAUGCACAGUUCCUAAAUAAAGACCAUCCCUUCCCCAAAGAAGUCACCCGCUAUGUUUUUCAGACAUGAGGAGAAGCAAGACUAAGUAUCUAGGAUGGAGUAGGCUCCUCCAAGGGAAUGCUUGAGAUUUCACUCUGUGGGCCCCAGAGAUGCUCCAUAGAGAUGCUUUCAGAAGUAAAAGGGACCUCAAGUACCACGCUGUCUGUGGAGCCAUAGCAGACGCCCUUGGUCACGCCCCAGUGGGCAGCCCCAACUCCUCUCCAGCCAUCUCCCAGUGUAGAGGCUGUAAAUACAGCGUCUCACUGUUCCAGCCUCCUUGCAACGUGGGGUGACCACGUGACCAGGUACGGCCAGUGACAUUUAGGACGAAGUCUACAGGGGCUCCUAGGAAAGCUUAUGUUUUUCUGAUAAAAGAGACAGACUGGGUAACACCUCCCUGUCCCUCCUUAUUCCUACCUUAAUUGAGGAUGGGAUGCCUGGAGCCACAGCAGCCAUCUUACUACAAUGAGAAAAUGGCUAACAGAAUCUCAGAAACAUUGACCUAUCAUCACUUGACCAAGCCAACCCCAGCAGCCAUCCCCCUCCAGAACUCUUGUAAAUAAAAAUAAAACCCUCCUUGUUUAAGCCAUUGUUGGUUGGUCUCUGGUCCUUGCAGCCAAAAGCAUUCCUAACUGACACAGAAGGCCAGCCCUGCUGCCCAGAAUUACCUGCAGACUAUACUGAAAAAGCCAAAUUCCUCCUUGCCAUCAGAAACCUAUUGGAUCAGGGGACUUCCCUGGUGGUGCAGUGGUUAAGAAUCCACCUGCCAAUGCAGGGGACACAGGGUUCAAGCCCUGGUCUGGGAAGAUCC